AUGACGCUCAACUCUGAAUCAGCGCUGAAAGUUUACCUCUCAGCAAGACGAGGCUCAGCAGUUCCGGCUGCAAUGACGGAAGAUGACUUGACACAGGACGAAAAGGUGCGAAAUAGUUUCCGUUUAUUACUUAGCUCAAAGUAAGCUCUUGACUAAAAAGAUGUUGUUCUAGAAGUUCAUACUUUUCAAUUCGUCGGGAUAGAAUGAAUGCCAUCCCAUUGUAGUGUGAUUUUGUGUCAUGGACUUACGUGUUUCGUGCAGCUCAGCGCUAGUUUUCCGACUGUGUCUUUGACUUAAGAAACUUAAUUCUAGUGACAUAUGUCCUUUAUUUAAAACUACUGAGUAGUAAUUUUAAGAAGUUUCAGUGAUGUAUUACCUUGUCUAAUAAGAGAUAUAACGUUUGAGUUAGUCGAUAAGUGUGUGCACAUUUGAUCUAGGUUAAUUGAAGUUAUUGACUCUUCUGUCUCGUUAAGAUUUAAAAGAAGUGUCAUUAUUCUAUUAUGCCACAAACGGCAAGGUUUACGAUUUUCUAGAUGCGUUUCUGCUGACCAAUUCAUGAACAAUGACACAGUAUCAAGAAUGUUAUCCGAUGUAUUUUAAAUCACUGCAAUGUUAGGGAUCUUGCAAAAGAGCCUUUCCUCGCCCCCGUAUGAAAAGUUCAAGUUGUAUUCAAAGUAGUUUGCCGAUAGUCGGUUAAGAGUCAAAAUACUUCUUAGCGGUCGCUUGUUCCAUUACAUCACAACAUAAACCUGCUUCUUAGUAUAAAAAUUGUGUAGAUUAUAGUAUGGCAGCAUCUAGGUAAUCCAUCAUAAAUAGACGUGAAUACCCAUUCCCUGCAAACAAAGAAAAAUUACGAGGUUGCUCUCGAAAACAGUCGCUUCCCUGAUAACAAGGUGACUAUUACAGAAUAGAUUCCCGGAAUAUAAACUACAGGGUAAUUUCACCGUUAUGGGUGACAAGGGCGGUGUGUAUUUUCAUUAACUCAAUUUGUUUGCUUUUCUUACCUUGUGGGCUACCGUGUAGCAUGAAAAUUUUGCGGGAGUUUUAUUUUGCGGAUUGGCGAUUUUUUCUGGUUUGCGGGAACAAAUUUUUGCGGUUCGAGAUGACAGAAAUUUCUGGUGGGAACUAAUUUUUGCGAUUCUCUGUUCAAGUGGCAGAAUAGUUAAGUGGAAGAAACCUUAAUAUGGUAUCUUCAACUUUCAUUUUACGGACUAUGUUGAGUCAAAGUUCACUUUACUUACAUAUUUAAUGGAGAAAAAUACGGUAAUCACUGUAAUAUCUUACUGCACAAAAGGACUGAACAACAGCAAAACAAAACAAAAGAAUAUCCCUACCAUACACAACAAGUCCAUUAAAAGCAGAGUUUUUAAUUUGACUGAAGGGAGUUAAUUUUUGCAGCGUUUUAUUUUGCGUGUUUUUUUUUCUGCGGGAACUAAGCAAAAUUUUCAUGCUAGACGUUAUACUACUAAAGAGCAGGCCGAUGGGAGGGAUAUUCCAGGGUUAAUAUGCAACAAGUGAAAUCUACCCUCUACCUUCACUAUCCACUUAAAACAUGUAUGUAUCGCACGCCUUGUAAUCUCAGCAAAGACUGCAAUAGACCAACAAAUUGUUAACCUGUUCUCUGUGGCCACAGGGAAGCCACACUUCAGAGGUGAUAGUUUGUUCCUCAGUGUUGAGGAAAUGUGGAAACCAUAAGAUCUUUCUCAGUUGAACAUUACAUCUGUGAUUCGCGAUCCGUUCAGAUUGUAUGACGUCUGAAGGAUAUUCCUUCUCUUUGUAAUAGCAAGGUGCUUACACUUUUUUUCAUCAGAAUAAUCAGUAAUAAUUCUAUAACAUUUCAUGUCAUCUGCAUAUAACGGAACUGUAGUACUAGCGUCAGUAACACUUGGGGCACUGUUUAUAUAGAUGAUAAACAACAACGGCCCCAAAAUGGACCCUAGAGGUACAUCAGACAAAACAGCUUGCCGAGGAGAUUGCUAUCCAUCAAUAACUGUCCGUUGCCAGCGAUCUGUCAAGUAGCUUCUAAAACAGGGUAGCAAAUUCCCUCUUACACCAACAGCAAACAACUCCCUCAGCAAACAGUUAAAUGAUACAUAGUCAAAUGACUUGCUUUAAUGUGAUUUUUUUCAUCCAGUGCUUUGACAAAGUCAUGUGUAGAUCUAAGAAGACUGGUAACACACGAGCGCCACCUUACAAAACCAUCCUUUAGGUGGUAAAUCUUAGGCUGAAAAAAAGUGGAAAAAACGUUAGAAAAUACACCUUUUACCUUUGUCGAUCUUGACUGAAUACUGAAUUGAAGUAGUUGUUAAAAAGCUCAGCCUUUUCUUGUGCAUCAUACAGUUUAACACCGUUGCGUUAGACAGAGGAAGGGAGUCUUCUUAACUAUAUAUACAAGAAACAAUUGGACACGAUGUCCCCUACAAGGGACCCUACAAGGGGGAAACCAACCCCCCAUAAUUGAACACAAAAAAGAGGAAACUAUCUGGCCAAGUUCUGAAGUAUAAGAGAAAUUUAACUACAAUUCCUAUUUAAAAAUAAUAAUAAUAAUAAUAAAAAAGAAACCCUUUCGGCUAACAGUCUCCAGCUUAAAAAGCCUAACUGUUACGUUAAAGAGAAAGAGAGUGAAGGGACCGUGGAGGCAAAAUAUAACAAAAAGGCCUCUAAUUUAGGAUUUUCGAGCAAAGCAACAAAAAUCUUCACAUACUGAACAAAUCAGAAUCAGUCGCCAGUGGGCGGUUUAUAACACGACGCCAGGGUGAAUACACGACACGCUGAGAAGAGUUUGUACAAACCGAUUGUGGUCCGUAUUAACUCGGUAUUGGAGUAGUUAAUUUGAAUUUUGAUUCACAUAAUAAGCAUUAUAAUUGAAAAAAAAAAACAAAAAAACAAAUGACUUGCACCUGACUGACCUUAUUCAUUAAACUUGCGUAGUUAAAAGUCUCUCGGUUUGUCGUCGAUAGGAAAACAUCACGAUUUUUUUAGCUGGUUUUUUAAAACAAAAAGGCUCUGGUUUCAUUUAAAAACUUCAUAUCACCUAUCUAACUUUCUGGCAACCCAGUACCUGGUCAAGAAAACCUCAGCAGUUCAAAAAAUCCUUGUAGCACUAGUUAGUCGGUCGUCAGAGUUAAGUAGAUUCUAAACGGUGGUCAAUUUAGGGCUUCCUGUCUUGCAAAUCUCUUAAACUUUCUCUCACUUAGAAAGUAACCCAAAACAUGUGAAAUAUUAGGGCCAUUUAUACGAGGAAAAAUAAGACGGGAACUGUACCAUUUAUAUGAGCAUGUCUUAUCUAAGACGAGAACAGCUCGGUUCGCGUCUUAUUUCUGUUCUUGACUCGUUUUCAUGUGAAUAUUGUCCAUAGCAACGGCAAUCCAAUGUGGCGUGCCAAAAAUUAACGCAUGCGUUCUAUGCGUUCGCGUCUUAUUUAAGACGCGAAGGUCAUUUAUACGAAGUUUUUAUUGUCUUAGCUAAGACGCGUCUUAUCUAAGGUGCCAAGGGCUGUUCUAAAAUAAGACGCGUCUUAGCUAAGCCGCGUCUUAUUUAAGACGCGUCCUAUGUAAGACGCGUCUUAUUUUUCCUCGUAUAAAUGGCCCUAUUAAGCACCUUCAGUCAAGUAGAUCCAAGGUCUUUCUUAAUUUGAAUUAAUGUUUCCACAGCGAUAGUAGCGCCAUUUAUACGAGAAAAAUGGUUAGCGUCUUAUUUCUGUUCUUGACUCGUCUUCAUGUGAAUGAUGCCCGUAGCAACAGCAAUCCAACGUGACGCGCCAAAAAUUAACGCAUGCGUACUAUACGUUCGCGUCUUAUGUAAGACGCGAAGGUCAUUUAUGCGAAGUUUUUCUCGUCUUAGCUAAGGUGUUAAGGGCUAUUCUAAAAUAAGACACGUGUUAGCUAACCCGCGUCUUAUUUUACACAAAAUGUGCCGUUUAUACGGAAAGUUCGCGUCUUUUUAAGACGCGUCCUACGUAAGACGCGUCCUAUUUUUCCUCGUAUAAAUAGCCCUAGUGAGUCCAAAGCGUUCUUGAAAGACAAAGUUCAUCCCAUGUUAUUCCUUACUUGACUCAUGCAGCGAACCUAAAGUCUGCUUCUUCCUUUUCCCGUUUUAGUUUAUUUUCCCCCUUAUGUUUUGUUCAAAGAAGAAUAUGAUUUUAUGUUAGCUUCACUGUUUUGCUCAUUAUUUUCAUGCAUUGCUAAACACCUUUCCUCAGAUGCUAUUAGCGACAAUUGUGUUCGGUUAAAACGUAAAGUUCUUUUGAUAAAUCCUUGUUUUGUACGACUGCGGAUGUGUCAAACUAAGUUUUCGUUUAAUUUUUGAUGCCAGCUUGUUCCUCAAUUUUUAGUCUAAAUAUUGUCAAAGUUUUCUUUUGAACCUAUAUUUAGUGGUAUUUUAACAAUAGUCAUUACGAGGUUGAUUCAAAAACGACUCGCUUUUAUUCGUCGUUCAAUUAAUAUCCCGAUUAUUGGAUAGUCAAUUAUUUAUCAGAAAGGCAUAUGUUUCUGUGGAAAACUACUGUAUUUAGUUUAUCGGUUCCGAAGAGAUUUACUCACCAUAUUCUUGUAUAACCCGUCAUUUUAUAAAAUUUUCUAUCAAACGGAGGUUUUUAAAAAAAAACGGAGAAGUGCGCUACAAACCGUAGCCUUAGCGGGGCAUAUUUACCAUGGAGUUUCCUGCAAUACCAACAAGUCGGUCUCGUUCCGGUUCAAUAAGUUGUCGUCCGCACGGUGGGUGGAUAAGCGAUUCGGAAUACUUGGGAGAGAUAUCUUUGCUGUGUAAUGAAGUAAGUUGCUUAUUUUGCUGUUAUUUGUGGAUUUUAUUUGUGUCUUUUAAUGUGCUUAAGCAUAAGAUCAUUAGGGUGUGAACUUAUAACUAGUAUCUUGCUGAUCAUCAAAGGUUUUGACUUAGUGGCAACUCAUAAAUCAAUCAUCAAGGGGAAAAAUUUUUCUCCUUACAAAAGUCAUACAAACUACAUAGUCUAACGACGAACAGGAUUGUGCUAUUUCUAGGUACAGUAUUAUAUAGAUAUGGGGUAUAACAUAGGGACUUGCUAAGAUCAGAAAUUUCUUAUUCAGAGUUUACCUCCACAUUUAACGGAUGAGCGGAGCGAAAGAGUCAGAUAUCCUAAAUAUCGUAUCUCUUAGUAGCUAAAUGCUUCUUACGAAAGAAGUUUAGGUAAUGCCGAGUAGUCUCUGAAGUUUUCCGAUGAUUCUUCGAAGCCUUUCCAAUGUGUUCGGUCAAUAUAGUCUCCUUCGCAGCCGUUAUUAGGGUCGUGACGAGUGACGACCCUAAUAACGGCUGCGAAGGAGACUAGUCAAUAUACGGAAUUUCGAAACGUGCAAAGCUUUCUACUAAUGACGUCUCAAAUUUCUGGUCCCUGCUGUGACUCAGACAUUAAACCUGACCAGUGUAAUGUAUCGGUCAAAUCGAAGCUUCAACAUGCCCAAUCCCCCGGGCAUUUGACUUUUUUGAAAAUUAUUGUUCAAAUUCCCCCCUACCUGGGCCAAAAUACCGUUCAAAUGCCCCACACCAGGGUCCAUUCAGGUGAUCAAAUGCCCCCACCCCGGGGACAUUUCAAAGGCACAAAAAUGACAGAAAGACGGUGGAAAUGCUUUCAGUUGUCAAACAAAAUCUUUAUAAAUAUAACAAAAACUGAGAAACACUGUUAGCGUAUUUACUACGAACAAAAGUCUCGUGCAAAGUGGCGGAAAUCGCUGCUACAAUGCUCAGCUUUUUUUCGUCAUGCAACAUACAAAGCGUUCUAUAAAAAAAGAUCCCACCUAUUGAGAUUACUACGUGACAUGCAUCAUCGCUCACCUUAUUAAUUAACAUACUUGCAGUAGGUCAAAGUAGUUGACCUGAGCUUUUUAUUUUAUUUUAUGUUGUUGUAUUGAAUCGCCGGUAUAGGUAUUGUUUUUCAUUGUAAACACAACAAUAAAAUACAGUCAUACAUUCAAAGCCUGAAUCCAAUAUUAAAAAUUUUAAAAUUUAAAUACUUCAAAUACGGCACAAAGCUUGUUUAAGCCCUUUCCUCGUAACCAACUGGCCACAAAGGCACAAUCUUUUCCACGAAAAUCCUCUAACACCGCGUCCCCCAUGAUAGCUCGCCACGCCAAAGAUUUUACAUGAAAUCGAGGGUGCAGUUCAAAUCCCCCACCCCUAAAGCAUGGGGAUCAAAUUCCCCACCCCCUGGAAGACUCUGAUAAUCAAGUUCCCUCCUCCCCGGGACGGCAAAGGUGUCAAAUGCCCGGGGUAUGCCCGGGGGGGGGGGGGCAUGUUGAAGCUUCGAUUUGACCGAUACAUAAGAGUUUAGUAUGGGAAAGUCACGUUCGGCAACAAAUUUUCGUCGUCUUUGAAGAUGUUUAUCGUUAAAGGAAACAAAUCCAGCUUAGUUUUAAUAAAUAUCCUGAAAAUAAUCAACGCGUGCCAAGACAGCGUUAAACGUGGAAAAAACUGUACAGAUGAGUGGUUUUAUUUCUUAUGCGGCAUCAUAAUGCUGUGGGUAAAAUUCUGUUAAGAUCGGUGAGGGUAAAAGCCGGAAUGAGUUUGCAGAAUGGCAUGGGUCAAUUAUAGCCUGCCACGCAGGCUAUAAUUAUGCGGAAUUUAAUAUACGCAGCUGAAUGAUCCAAAGAAAUAUAUUAAACUGAAAAGAGCGCCCUUUUUUUGGCGCCAAUCAAUUUGCAAACGCAGCCGCUGUUUUAAUGUUAAAUAAUAAUGACAAUCAAAAAACCACGAAGGCUCAUUGUCGACCAGCCUUUUCCGCACAGCCAAAAAGAUUCUUCGUCUAUCGAAGAAAAGAUGUUUUCGAAAGUCACGCCCCCUUCUACUUUAAUUUUUUCCUGCAAAAGAUGUUUGUACGAUUAAAUUAACAGUUUCUUGUUACCUAUAUUUGUAUUCGAAACCGUGUGAGAAGUGUUUCUUUAUGAGACUGUGGGUUACGUGAUCGUGACAUAAUUGAUAUAAAAACUGAAUCAUUGGAUAAUGCAAUUCCAGCAUUUUGAUUGGCUUAGCCGUUAUGGUAUAUGAGCUAUUAUACCAUGCUCUCCAUAUAUGGUCGGUGUACGCGUCAGUUUAAAAUUGGAAGCUAGCUGGACUUUUUUUCGCGAAGGACAGAACGGCGCCCGAAGCAAAUUGUUUUAAUUCAUUUCUUAGAAUACUAGAAAUGCAAUUUCAUCGAAAAAAAAAAGACAAAAACAAACAAAAAAGCCACAAGAGCUUGUUUGAAAGCUCGUCGAAAAACACAUGAAAACACAUUGAACUAAAGUACCUUGACCAGCUACGAAAGAAGACAAGUGUUGUUUCUUCAUGAUCGCGAAGCCAUUCGCCGAUCGAGUCACUCGCCGAUAGAUAACUACGGCUUGUUUAUCCGUCAUCAAUAAUAUACAUGACAAGUAACCAGCUACAAAUACAGGCUAUGCAGCCAAUCACUAGAGCAAUCGAGGCGGAAGUAGAGCUUCUUUUCUCGUUCAGCAAAACCAGCUUGUGGCUUCAAACAACUUCAUAACAAGCGACCGAGGUAAUAGUUUUUUUCCGUUGUUCUUACUUUUAUAAGAGAAACUAAAAAAAAAGCUACUCAUAACAGACUACGCUAAAGUAAAAAAAAUAAAGAACAAAAACGGUUGCAACCACACGCAAACCAUGACAGCUACACUCUUCAGGCAUUUAAAUGAACAAGGAUUAUUCAAUGAUAACAACAGGGAUUUCAAGUCAUGUACGUUAUUUGUUGCUCUCUUUGAGACUUUUGUGGAGCGAAGACCUCUAUUAAAACAUCCAUGUGAUGGUCUGUUUUUUUUUCUACCUCAGUAGCAAACGAAACUGAAAAUUUAAACUUCUGGUCCAAACUAAACCAAUGGGUGAAAAUACCACAACUCACACAAUGAAAAGUAUCCGUAGCUGGUACUAGCCUUAAAGAAAGUGAGAAAAAAGUUUACGAAUCAUUGUGCAAGAAAAACAACAUGCAGUCAGGUGAAGAAAGCAAAGAUUGUAAGUUCAGAACAUAUCCUCAGUGUCACAGGCCACAGAGGUAUAAAUUUCCUAAACGAUGAAGCCGACGAAGAAGAGCUACGAUGAAUCUACUGCACCGAAAAUCCAAAUUCACAGUAAUUUUCCUUCACAUUAUCUGCCAGGUUUUUUUUAGCUGUUCUGCUGUGUAAAAUCCUAGAAUCUCGAUGAGUUUUUAAAAAACUAAUGUUCAUCGCUACAAUGUUUUGAUUUUUCAUUCAUGCAGUCCGGGCGAGUCCGUUCGCGGGUUGACAGUUUUGAUAGACGUGUGACAUGUGAAUAGCGGAAGUCCCUUGUCUUUUCCGGUUUGUUCUAGUCGGGGAGAUUCGACGAGAUUUUGUGGGCGUUUUUAAAAAAACAAGCUUUAAAAUGAGGGAUAGGUUUCCAGGAUAACAAAAAUUUAAGUUCGUUACUCAUUUUCGACGGCAAUAUUUAGUAUGUGGUAUAACUCCAAAUUCUCUUCUUGCUAUUUAAAUCACACAUUUGGACAUUCAUUUAAAACAUACCUGGGAAUUGGCUUGGGUAAGUGAAGGAAAUCUCUGUAAGACACCAUCGAAGUUUAGGAAUUUUCAUGGUAGGCUGGCGGUCUUUUUGUAACGCACAUGGCGCACAUAAAUAGAUAUUUACAGCCUAAAGGGUCGUUUUUCGUACGUCUUGUAGGUUUUCCCUUUGCAAAAUUGCUUUUUUCAAUCAAAGAAUGGGGUAAAAAGGUGAAACUCGGUCAAUUUUAGCCAUUUUGAAACACUGAACUUUACCUGCCGGCGACUCUGCGUGACAGUCUGUUCCGUGACUGCACGUGGUACAACGUACGUUUGAAGAGAUGGAGCUGUUAAAAUGACAGUCACGAAAUCAAGGUAGUAACGCAACGUAAUUCUUGAUCGAAGGAGUAACAUUUUCGGUGCCGACAGUAUUUUGAAGAAGCAAAAAAUCAAACGCACAAGUAUUCUGGUACUCACUUUCUAUCGAAAAAUAAGGACUUUAACAAUGGUAAUUCGCUAAGGAUAACAGAAAAAGAGGAUAUUUCGUCUUGUUACUUUACAAUCGAGGAAACUAAGUUAUUUUGGUCACGCCUCACUAUAUUUACCGGACUUCAAUGCUUUCGUUUGGAGGCUACCCUCAGGAACCCUAGCCAAUUCUCAGGUAUGUUUUAGAUAAAUGUCUAUAAAAUGUGUGAAGCUCACUCAAAUUGGCGCCAAAAAAGGAUCGGCAAUGACGCGCGCAUGCCUUUUAGUUUAAUUUAUUUCUUUGCGCCAAUUUCCAUAUUUUACAUUCCGCAUAAUUAUGUCAUUCCUCAAGCCAUGCCACAUGCCAUUCCGCAAACUCAUUCCGCCUUUUACCCUCACCGUGUUAAGAUGUGUGGAGAGAAGGGCUUCAUAGCUGUGCGUGAAACGGUGCAUUUGGUUAAAUUUAUGGGCAAAAGUUGCUCAAUUUUUUUUUUUUCAGUGCUUGUGUUACGCUUCUUAGUACUACAGGAUAUAAAGUACUAAAGUAUUGCUUCCGGAUUCAUAUGGUCUACCUGGCCUCACAACAACAGAACAAACUUAUACAAUUUCCGGUUUGUGCUAAUAUUGGUGUGCUUUUCACCUUAGAUAUUCUGUCACAGGCUUGCGAGAAGCACAUGCAAACUCGAUUUUCUCUUUAGCAAUUUCGGUUUUGGAGUAUUACACAGCCAAUAAUGUUAUGUCAUGUUUCAGUGCAUAGCGGUGCUUUCCGCCUAAGACACAGAGCUAGGGAUCCGAUUUCAGUGGCGUUCUUUGAUCCAGUCACUUUAUUUUCUGAUUUUAACCAUUUAUUAGUGUUACUGGACCAGGUUUUGCCCCUAUAGCAGUAGUGACUUUUAUAUAUUGCAAUUAUGCUCAAAAAAAUAUUUUAAAAACGCUCACUGCGAAUUUUAUGAACAAUUUUCAUGUCGGAAACGUAUGUUUCCCAUACAAAGCCUUGGAGUAGAAUGCAAAGUUUGUCUGAGUCACUCGGGAGGUCUAAGGUGACAAAACCUAUUUUAUGUAAUAGUAGAAAGCGCUAUUGAUCGGAUGCAGAGUCUUGUAUGUAGACCAGAUGCUGUUAAUUUGAUUGAUACUUGGUAACGACAAAUAUGGUGUGGCUACGAUUAGGAUAGUCAUAUUUUGUCUACUAACAGUCACAGAAUGUCUUAAUAAUAUGAUUCUUUUCUUUAACGACUGGUCCUAUAGCAUUUUAAGAAAAUAAUUAUAAGGUGAAUGCCGGAAUGUUCAGCAGACCUGACUUGAUCUUGGUUAGAUUAAAAAAAACAUCUCGUACGUUCCCCCGGGCACUAGUGCGACAGGUUUUUUUCCUGCCAGAAUCUUGAAUGAAAUGCAUCUAAUUAAGACAUGAUAAUGCCUUAGUGUAAUAUAUGAAGGGAGGGGUCAUUUAUAUCAUUUAAUACGAAAGUGAAUUCGAGUCUUAUUAAAAAGUGGUCAACUUCAUUGACAGUGUAACAUCAAUAAAGGAGGCUGGUGGGAAUUCACUGAACAACUGAACGUUUGUAUUAUAGGUAUGAUGUCCAUUAAUCAAUCGUUAAACGCAAAAUGAGCGAUAACCUUAUGAAGCAUUAGAUAUCAUAUCGUCCAUAAAGCACAAUGCUUUGCAUGGAAAACAAAUGAUUUGAACAUUAAGGAACACGAAUCGCAUUUAUCUGCUCACGAUGGUACUCAGAACCAAGGAUAUUUUUUUGCGAAGCAAUGUCCUUUUAAUUUAAUGGUUGCCAGUUUUAUUGUUAGUAUUUAAUAUUCAUCAGAUGUAAAGUGUCUGUAUAACAGUCUGCAGAUAAGUUUGCUUGAGUUCCUCACAGACAAUAAUGUCUUAGCUUAUUUGAUCAUCGAAAUGAAAGAUAGAUCCCAUGCUUACUGUAACCUGAGAUCAGACCCAAUUUUAACGGUUUUCAUACAUUCUCUCUAACGGCCAGCGCUAAAAUUGGGGCUCUCUUUUCGUUUCGCCAUGCCCGCCGGAAUGUAAUUUUCAAAGCGAAACGAAAAUAGAGCCUGAUCUCAGGUUAUGCUUACUGUUUCUGUGGUGCAUAAAUUGGGUCUUUUAUCUAUACGGUAGGAGAACCGGCGAACCCUUCUGGUCCGUGUUCCUGUUAACGAUAUUUAGCGUCAUGAAUUUUGAAUCUUUUAAAUUAUGAUUUCGGAGGUCAUUUAUUAUCAGUGGCAGGCGAGAAUGGUGCUUUUUGAGAAAUUAGAGUUUCUAACAGACAUGUUUCACUGACCGACUUAUAUGCAAAAGAGUAUUUUUUUCUCAAUUUAAUGAAUAAAUCAUUACUGCUCAUUAUCUUGCUCUCUAUUUCACACCUCAUAUUUACGCAGCUGUUUUCCCGAAACGGGGACACAAUAAAACGAACCACCCACUCUUAUCUUAUCAUUUGAACUAAUCCUGACAUCCUCGAAAGAUCUAAAAUGUCAAAAAAGUUGCAGCAUCCUUUUCUUAUGCAAAUAAAGCGGAAACUUGCUGAGAUAACGAACAAGUGGGUCUUUUUAUUGUUUCAUUAAUGCGCACCACGAUAGACUCAGUCUUGGAAUUAAAUUAUAUUAGGCAAGAAAAUCAACAAGAGUAAUAUGGUUUUAGUGAAUCCUAUGUUAAGUUUUAAUAUUGCAAUAGGACAUUUUUUUUCUCAUUAAAAGUUUUUGGCUUCAAAAAAAAAAAAAAAACAGCCGUAAAGCGUAGGUGGGUACCACUUGCUAACCGCUUAAAGUCAUAAGUGCUAAGAGACGCAUGCGCAUUGAAAUGACUCCGUCUCGAAUAAUUAAUCGUCGUUGACACAAGUUUUGGGUUGUCGCCUCGGUCGAAAGAUGAGUAGCUGGCGACCAUUUCCUAAAAUAAUGCACUGUUGCCAAAGGGUCUAAAAAUAAUCACCAAGGCGAGAGAAAGAUUUUUUUAGACCGCGGUGGAAGUGGGCUGGCAAGCGUGUUGGGAAUUUCGCCCUCAGUUUGAUGGCAUCAAGCUAGUUAGCUAUAAUGUUUUCUAGAAGCUCCGCACCGGGAGGAAACCCUUCAAGCCGGCGGCAGUCUCUUCGACCACCCAGUCCAGGAUCAGACGGAUCUUCAGUACCGUUGGCGCAGUCUCGGAGGGGCUCUAAAGUGUUAUUUGAUACCAAGACGCCUCCGUCUAUUCUAAGAUGGGAGAUUCUUAACCGCGUCCUAGCGCUCUCCGUGAAAGGAGAUUGGCCUGCAGUGGAUCAGCACCUAAAUAAUCUGGAACGAAACAACAUGGAAAUAUCAUCAACAGAAAUCGAAGUAAAGAUGGAUAUAUUGAUUCAGAGUGUAACAAAGCAGCAUAAUACUAACCGAAUCAGAUUAAUGAAACAUCAAUUGAAACUCCGACUCAAAAAUGCCAAUUCAUCCUCUCAAUAUUGAGGCAGUGUUUUUUUUUUCUUAACAAAAAUUUACCUCUAAUUUCUCUGUCGUUUUUCCUUAAAUUUUUUAUACUUAGUAGUUUUUAAACAAGAAAUAUCAAGAGUCUUCAUUCUAAACGAACUGACCGCCAUAGAACUUAGAACGGAGGCAUUCUUUUUAUAAUUAUCUUUUACAAUUGGUCUGGAUUUCUGAGAUUGGAAAGAUAUCCUUUUCGCGGCAGAUAAUCAAUCAUCUAUCCUGCGAAGUCGCUUUAUGUGAAUAGAAACUCGUUUAAAUUUAUUUAUACAGGAGAAAUACGUUGCUGUGAGACAACGUUGCCUAGAUCGUAGAAUUUAGGCAGCAUUAAAUAUGUUUGCAUCUAACCAAAGUUGUUACAUUAACUGGUCCAUGCUGCUGAAACUGUUUCCUGGUACAUUCAACGUACAUUUUAAGAGAAUUAAUAUACUUCUUGGGUCUAAGCUUCGAAAAGUAUAUAUUUUUUGCUCCUAAGGAAACAAUGAUUAGAGAGCUCAAGCAGUUUAUUGACGUGCCAAAUUCGUGAAUUGAUAGGUUUUUAUCGCAGCCAGUCUUAGAAGACAGAAGCUAGUCGCUUUAAAUAUUUCUUCGUUUGGGGCUACUGUUUGGCUCGCAGUCGUGCUUACUAAAAACCGAUUUACUGAUUCAACAAGGCACAUUUUGUAUGUGGUCAAUUUCUUAUAAACGUUUCUGCAGUUUUGUUCUUUAGACUCUCGGCCAACAAAAAAAAAAAGGCAAAUGCCUUUUUUAAUUUAGUUAACUGGCGGCCUUUAAAAGAGUCUCCAUGGACAACAGAAUCGGCUAAGGCAUCGGAAUAAUGAAUAUUGAACUGGCUGUAACAUUAAUAGUUAAGCCGUAAUGUGUUGACUGCUGAUUGCACAGUUCUUAAUUCGGAUAAUCGUCUGCAGCAAGGGGCCGUGUGUUUUUUCUUUCACUUUUUGCUAAAACUGACAUGCUCUCUAAAAUCCCAAAAGUGCGUGUUGGUUAUUUUUUGCUGCUUUACUGCAUGGUUUCACAAAACGAUUCCAGCGCGGACUAGUUUACUAACGCUCUCACUUCAAUUUUAUUUCUUCUUUUAACAGGACAACGGUCUUACGCCGUUGAUGUUAGCAGCCCGCGACAACAAACACAACAUUGUCGAAAAGCUUCUUGAAUUGGGGGCUGUGGUUACUGACCGAGAUAAGGUACGUUUUUUCGGUAACGCUUUUUUGCCAACAGAAUUCAUUUUUUAAUAAUAUACGAACGCCGUCAACUUAGCUGUCGUUUUGUCAGCUUUUUCAUAUUAAAAAAAACUGACUUUUUUCACUCAUAUUCUAAUUACGGAACUGAAAGAUUUAUCGCAGAAAUUCUUGAGACCGGUUAUGAAGUUUGUUAUUCCAGCACAGUGUGUAUGUUAAAGAUCGAGUCGUGAUUCUAAACACGGGGACGAUUUUCCAAGCUUUUAUGUAUUGCGGGUUUUCGUUGUUUGAUAUCCUUGCUAAUUAGGACUGCAAAUGGAAAAAAGUUAGCAUUCCGUAGUGGUUUGUGUUGUAAGUUAAAAUUAAAGCGUUUUUAAAGGUUUCGGUGAUACAUUGCUGUAAACAUUUACCGGAAAUUUGGUAUUUUUUUGUAUUUUUCGUGCCUCAAAUUUCAUAAAUUAUAAUGAUGCACUUUUUGUUUGCUUCGUUGCCUUUGUUUUAAGUUAUGCUUGAAGAAAAGAACGCCAAAAUUGAAUUCCUUACAUCAACACAGCUGACCCUAAGUCAAAGAAAUCAGCUUCUCUAAAAAGCAUGGGAAAAUGUAUAUAACCGACGGGUUUUAUUCCAUAAAGUCGAACCUCUACUUCUGUUGAUAAAUAUCCUUGUCAAGUUUCUUGUUAAUUAAGACCGAAAAUGCGGUGUACCGCAAUUUAACUCGGUACUUCAAUUUAAAUGUGAGGUUCAAAUGUUUAUGUCGUAUUUAAUUUUAAUCUCCUUCGCAUAAUUUAUCCCUGGAUAGCCGUUCUUACUGUUAAUAUUGACAUAUUAUAUUUGUUUCUGAGAAGGGAAGACUCCGCGUCUACCGCAUGCUCCGUUUGGUUUUGUUUUAUCAUAGCUUUAUUAUUUAAACUCCUUUGUUUUGAGUGAAAUUUCCAACCGCGUGGCAAAUUGUUUAUUAAACAGCCGCAUGGAGUUACUUUAUUCCUUGGAAACCCACUUUAGCGCUUGUUCACUUAAGAGCAUCGAUCACGUGGUUUGAGCCUAAUUCUUCCCCCAAAAGUGUUGUUAAAUGAAACAUUCUCAAAGCUCUUACUUUCCGAACCAAAACAAAGUGUUGCAAAGUUAAAAGAAAAUUUUGCUGAGUACCUUUCCCGGCUUUUUAUAUAUGUAUAUAUGUAUAUAAUAUAGGAUUGAAUUUUUUUGUCACCUUGGCGAUAUUCUUGUUUUAAUUCCUGUUGGAUUAGAUACAAGCUUCUGAAAAAUCGGCUAUCAUUGUGCGUUACUUAACUUUCUUUUCCUUCCUCAAAAAAAGCAAAAUAUUCUUUAUAAUAACUUUCUUAUAGUGAAUAAAAGGUAAGAAUCUUUUGCGCUAUUUCUAAUACAUAACGGAAAGCCGUCUUGCAAGAAACGGAAUAGAUACCAUUUUUGUAAAUCUAUACACAGUCCAACUUCGUCGAUGCUGUUAGCUUUUUUAGGUUUGUCAUUAAAAAAACCACCUUUUGAUGUACAUUUGUAUUUACAUGACAGCCUUGCCAUUCUGUGACAGUUUAUAAUAAAUUGUAGCUGUUUGAGUUACUUUUUACCGACAAAAAGUAUCCGCCUUUUGAAAAUAUGUUGUGCGUAAUGGUCUUUCAGCGAAAUGAAAAAUCGCUCCGUUUGCUAACGAAGAACGCAAGAAUAAUGAUUUGUUUACUUAAACUCUUCUACUUUCUUUUUAUUAACUAAUGCAGAAUAGACAUUGGUACCUGAAACACCUGCGGCAAAUAUUGCUUUUAACGCCGAGACCUGAGUUCGUCUAAAAUAUGAAGUUUUAAUCGAUAAUGAACUAGAUGUUAUAAGCUACAGAAGUAAAAUGAGAUUCUUAUCUCGUUCACUCUUAGUUUUCUGUUAAUUUCUGUUUUUUUUUCAAUCUCAAAAUUACUUCCAUGAAGAAUUACAUUCGGUCAAUUUCUUGGAAUCUACAAAAACCCUAACAGAUAAUCUCUCCCUGAAAAUGACCUGUAGUUAGUAGAUUUAACACUUCUUAAAUUCCUUUUUGUCGGUCAAAUGUUAAGUGAACUCCGCGGUUUAACAAUAGUGAUUUUAAUUUAUUGGGGGUUGAGUGGUGAGAGAAAAAAGCUUUUCUGCUUAAGCAAAAUUUCACAUUUGAUUGAUAAAUCAAGAUGUGCAUGGAGCGGAAAAUCAUGAAAUCCAGAAAACCUUUCCUGUUUAGGCUGAUGAAGACAAAAUUCGCUGAUUUCGUGUGCAUACAUACAGUGUUAGUUUUAUCUUCGAGAAAAUCGCUGGGUGAUAAUCAAAAGUAACUACAAACGAAAGUAUAUUUUGUUGCAGGUAUUUGUUCAGUUUGGAAGUCCGACAUCAAUAUUUUUCCAUGCACCUCACAAGAAAACUUUCUUGCGCAUGUAGAAAAUCGUCGGGUAUUUUCACUAUAAGAUUAAAAAAUGCAGUUCAUUAGAAGGCAAUAAGCUCAAUACAAAGUCUUUUUGGCCUGAAAAUUUGAUUUAAUGACUGAUGUUCUUAAUAUAUAUUUUUUUUUUUGAGGUCCUCUGUGCUAUUGUGCUUAUAAUUUUAGGUACCAAACGCUUCAGCAGACUUAAAACGUUUCAUGAGCCGAGCGUUUCUGUUAAUUUGGAACGGCUCAGCUGAGAAUUUUGACCGGCUUUGAUUCAGACGCCGAACCUGAUGUUUAACUGAUUAUUGCAUGUUUAGCAAGAGCUCAUAUUUUUUUUUAACCCCAAACUCUAUAGAGUGUGUUGCCUGAAUCCACAGGCAUGCUUUUAAGCGGCCUAAAUUCGAAUCAUUAUUAUAAGCUCCGCGUCUUAACUGGGCAAUUUAAUUCUCGAUGGAUUUCCCGGCUUUACCGCUCUUAUAGUCAGUUAAAAGUUUGAUCAAACACCAAUUCCGGCAAUCUGUCUCUGUUCUCCGACAGCAGAAUCUCACGCUUUGUCUUCGUCUCUGUCAUUUCAACAGUCAUGAGUAGAAAAGAGAUCUCUUAAACCACACUUGUCGCCACUUAGUGCGGCACUGUUCAAAUCUCUUUUCCAAGGUACAAAUUAUUAGCAACUUUCAUGCCUGAUAAAAUAUCUUUCCAUUUCAAAUCCACUAAAGUUGUCUUUUCUAAAUUUUUCGAUCUUUGACUCUGAUAUUUUGAAGCGCCGUUUUCGUUUUAAUUUCUAAAGUUUAUUAUCUAGAUCAAUUAUAUUUAUAUUUGCCUUUGAGCUCAAACUGAAAAAGAUAAUCCAUCAUAUUUUGAGCCGAAUCCCUGACGUGGGGAAAAAAUUAAAAAAAGCAAAACAAAUAUCAUUCAUUUUGUCUUGUCGUUUUGCCUUUCAUUUCCUGAAGCUUUUCAAUUCACGUUUGUCAGUUGUCUUUUGCUAUCAGAACUUUUCAAACUUACUUAGUAAAUGAGCAAAGACAACGUCAGCCAAAACUCAAACAUGAAAAACAACUCGUUCUGUUUCGUUAGAGCCCUGUUGUUGAACAAUAGAAACUAUAUCUCUUGGGUAAAACCUUGUCUAGCAGAUAGUAUUUGUUUAAAUCAUGCAUUUCACUUAUGCGUAGUGAUCAGGCUAUAUCUAGGCUAUCUUUGAUCAGCUAUGAAAGUUCAUCAGCUGCUUCGUCUAAAAGUAUUCACGGAGUAACCUUUUUAUUAAAGAAUUUGUGAAUGCGUGAUUGAAUCGCAGAGUGCGAUAAUUUUUUUUUGCAAUAAAAUGCUCAAAAAAGUGCACUCCCUAUAACUGAUCAGAUCGCGCCCCUUGUCAGCGGCCCGUGCGUUAUCGAGGUAUUUCGCGCAGAUAUGGACGUCAUUUUAAAAAAUAAAGCAAACUAAGUAAAUUCCAAUUCUUUCUUGGUCCUUUUAGGACGUCAAUGGGAUUAAGAUGCGGAUUUUUUCUCCUUAUCUUUGGUAAUUUCUUCUUCUGAACCACUAAUGACCAAAAGUAAAAGUAAUAUGUCUUGCAUUUGUUUUAUUAACUAUUUGCUAUGGAUUAAAGCUGACUUAUAUUCUUGUUUCUAGGGAGGCCAUUCCGCUUUACAUUAUGCCGCAUUUUCAGGCUCAGACGGGAUUGUUAAACUUCUUCUCUCCAAAAAGGCAGAUGCUACUCUUACGGCAGGGGUAGGCUUUUUAGCUUUUGCCAGAAACUUGACUGUCAAGGUUGCUUUCCCUUCCCCCACCCCUUCCCUCCCCCUCCCCCAUCCCCACCCCUCUUCUGUGCCUCAAUGGCAAGAACAGUCGCCAAUGUAGCGUGGGUUCGAAUCCCGAAAGCAACGCUAUAUGGUUGAGUUUGUCAUUGGUACUCGCCUAUGAUGUCCCUAGAGAAUAUUUCUGCGAAAACCCCAGUUUCUCCCUCUCCUCUAUCAUAAGCGCAAGCAUGCAUUUCAUCUUUGGUUCUAAUAUUAGAGUAACCAUGUUUUAGUCACGUUUUUACGUUUUACCAUGUCUUUGUAUUCUGUUUUUCCCAAUUGUUUCUUAGCCGGAGGAACAACUGCCCCUGCACAUGGCCUGUAGCCGCCCCUCUGGCGCAGUGGAAAUUGUCAAAACGCUACUGAAGCCUUCUGGGAAGGAUGCCAAACUUGCUACUGAUAAGGUAAUGAAAAGUGACUGGUUCAAGAAUUAAUCCUCCCUUAACUUCCUAGAUCGUCCAACCACUUUCAAGGGGUUUUGUCAUGGCAGUCUAGUCUAGUUUGUUUCGAACAAUAACUCGGCCCUUUCUCGCUACGGAACUUAACGUUAGCAAAGCAAUUACUUGUAAGAGAUAAAACCGCACAACUUCGUGAUGAACAAGUACGUCUACCAAGUAUCAUGUUUAAAGUUACAAAUAACGGAUAUAAACUUUGAAAAACUGUCAAAAGAACAAGGUUUCAAACAUCUCUGAUAGCAAUCCGUUUUCAUCUUCUUUAAUUUUCUUCAUUCGUGCUCUCUUUUGAAUUCGUAGUCUUAUUGAGACCUUCCUUCAAUGUUUUAAAUUUUCAAGCUUUUAUAUUUCGCUGAAUUUGGUGGCCAGCUCCGUUUGUCUAAAUUAACUUAAUUUCGUGGCGGCCUAGGCGUCAUUCAUGUUCUUCAUUAGAAUUUACAUCAGAAAAUUUUCAGUGUCCUUUAGUCAUUCGUGCAUAUUUUGCGCAUUCUUAUCCAUGAAUAUUGUCGAAACGUGCCUGUUCAUGAACCAUGUUGUUGUUCUUUAUUCUAGAAUGGAUCCAUACCGCUGUAUUUUGCUGUCAUUGCUGGAAAUCAACACGUUGUGAAAGAACUGCUCAGCUCACAAGCAGAACAACAAGUCAAAGUCACUAGAGGGGUGGGUACAAACUUAACACUCUUAUGUUGCUUAUUGGACCUCGUAGCUGGUAGUUGUUUCGUUGUUGUUGUUUUUGGAGACGGGUGUGCACAACGGAGUGUAAUGCCGGCACCCUUUUAACACACUGAACAUAAAACACAAGAUCUAAAAGGAACGAUUAGCAUAGCAGGUUAUUGCGCGGCCCUCUGUGCGGGAGCUGGUACCGAGUUCCAGUCCCAGGUGUGUUAUGACAUCAAAUCUUUCUUUCGACUUCUUUCCUUUUCGUGUAGCACUGGCGGAAAGUGAGGGAUAAAAUGAGCGCACAGUUGGCCUCAGGUUUGUUAGUCAGAUGACUAUCUCGAGCUACCAGCGUAAAAUAUGGACUCUUCUUUCACAUUUACCUUUACCAUUGUAGGACACCAAACUGUACGUUACAAUCUAACAUGCCGCCCUUGAUCAGAGUCAAGAGACGGCCUUGUCGCGUAAUACGGUUGUGGUAGCGUUUCCCGGUCUAGUGAAACAGCUGAAUAUAAAUAGUUUUGCUUUUACCCCCUGUGGCCAAACAUUUUUAAGGUCUUUAACUUGAAAUAUAUUAUACAACUCUAGCUUCAUGUAUGACCAACUUUCUAAUCUUUAUAACUAGCAAGAAAUACUCGGGAAAAUAUGAUCACAGUGGCUUAAUUUUUAGCGACAUCCAAAUUAAGAUUAAUUCAAGAUUCAGUGGGGUGGUUACUAAAACCAAAGAAUAUGAAUUUAACGUAUCCAGACGCACAAGUAACCUUUCAUAAAUACCUUCUUAUAUGUCUCAUUAGGAUAUCAAGGACACUGUUCUACACGCGGCUGUUAAAAAGAAGGACGUUGACAUCGCGAAGAUUCUCGUGGAAUGUGGCUGCCCCGUCGAUAUACAGAAUGUAAAUGCUAAUUUUUAUCUUGUUUUCCUUUUAAAUGUGCCAAAAUAAUCCCCACAAUUCUUUUGGGUAAAUCUUUUUAUUCUUUCAUAACAGGCCGAGGGACAGACAGCUCUUCACAUUGCUGCUUACGAAGGAGAUGAAACCAUGAUAAAGUUUCUUCAAACGGCCAAAGCUGACGCAAAUAUCGCUGAUGCAGUAAGUUAUCAAAUGAAAGUGAUUACAGGUGCAUGAAGAAAAUGGCAAGAAGGGCGGGAAAAUAGUAAUCGAUAAAAACAAAGAGCUGCGGUUAACACCCAGACAACUCUAUCUAAGUAUAGUACAGUAAAGCACGAAAUGACCGGGAUUCUGGUCAUACGCCACGGGAAAACUAGCCUGUUUUAGGCGUUCAGAUAGUAAAGCGCGGAAGAAAAAUUGACCAGGAGAAAAAAAACGAGGGGAGCCUCGUUUUUUCCCCUUGUUUUCCUGCGUGUGAUAUAACUCGCUCCUCAUCAUCUGAACGCUGCGCUCUACUAUCUAAAAGCCUGGAACAGUCUACGGGAAAACAAGUUUGGUAAAACUUGCAUACUGUACGUCCUGGCCGGCAGAACCAAAACUCAAAACAAAAAGAUUGGAAUUCAAAACGUUUUAUCGUGUGUAAAUACUUAUUUAGUCGAGGGAGGGAGCACUAGCUGUGCAACUUGCUAUAAGUAUACAUUAACAGGAAAAGACUGUUUAAGCCAUAUAGUGUGGCAGAGAUUUUUUUUACUUGACAGCCUAUUGUUUACGUGAUUGUUUGCUAUAAGUUACGAUGUUUUGGUCGAUUAAAAAAAGAUCGGAGCAGAGUCAGCUAUAACGACAACUAAGUGGAGACGAAAAUGAUCUUUGAUCUUGGCUGUUGAUUUUUAAAAGAAAUAGCCAUGGCUCAAUUUUUUUUACUACUCGCGGAUUUCUUUUUCAUUAGAACGACCGCACACCACUGCACUUGGCGGCUCAACGAGGUCAUUCUGCUGCCGCGGAAUUCUUAGUGGACAAACUAAAAUCGAACGUGAACUUGAGAACAAAGGUAAGGUCGGUAUUUGCCAUUAUUUCUAUUACGGUAGGAAGGAUCUUUUUCCAAAAUUGAUGCUGAAAGGAAAUUUGAUAAGCGUAAAAUUAAACCUCGUUACACAGUAACAAAACGUUUUUUGAUUUAUCUUCUCCAAGUGUUUAAGGCGUAAAGACUUGAAGACCAGAGGCUUUUCAAAUGUUGCAAACAAACAACAUUCGAUGUAGCUUUCACUUUGUAGAAGAAAACAACAUCAACUGGCUGGGAGUUGAGCUGUUAGCUGUUACAAACGUUCUCCCGCGAAAAGUUGGGCUCGAAAUUAAGCCUAGCUGUGUUUAAUGCGGAAACGUAACUCGGGUCACCUCGAUUCAAGUCCAGUGUAAUGUUCCCCCUCGACGACUUAAAACGGUCUCCAGUACCCUUAGGCUGGGUGAGGGUGACUGAGUCUUCUUACUAAUAUCCAUAAAAAAGUUGUUAUUUUCUAUUUUUGGAUGUUCCCUCCUUCAAUUUGCAAAAGAUCAUUUGAAAUAUUGUUUUCAUUUUUUGCAGGACGGUAGUACUCUAAUGCAUAUUGCCUCACAAGCUGGUCAUCCCGACACCGCACUCGUGUUCCUCAAAAAGGGCGUGCCCCUCCACAUGCCCAACAAGGUAAGUACCGGUAUCAAGAAUAGUUCCUGUGCCAAGGCGCCAUAGUCUAACACCGCAACCCUUGUCUGUUCAUUUGAUAGGAGGGUGCAGUUUGUCUCCACGCUGCCGCCAGAAGAGGUCACAUAGGUGUAGUAAAAGCGUUGCUGUCAAAGGGAGCUUCAGUGGAUACAAAAACCAAGGUGGAGCUUUGAUUUAAUGCCUUUGUCUGUCAGCAGACCGUGGAUGAUUUUUAAUUGCUUUUCUCACACAAUUUCUUGUACACUCAGGAUCAUUAUACAGCACUCCAUAUAGCUGUCAAGCACUGUAAACCACAGGUUGUUCAGAUUUUACUGGGAUAUGGCGCUAACGUACAACACAAGGGCGGCAAGGUGACUAGUAAAUAUUUACACUACUCCACUCCCCUAUCUGUACUAAGCUCUACACUAACCCCUCACCAAAAUCUCAUUGUUAAGUGUAUGAUUGUGAUCUUUCCUUUAUGGUAGAACUGUUGGCGUGUUUUCCUUAAAAUUCAGUGUGUUUUAAUUACAGGCGGAAGAAACACCAUUGCACAUUGCAGCUCGAAUCAAAGAUGGAGAGAAAGUUGCUGAGAUGUUGAUCAAAAGUGGAGCGGAUGUGAACGCUGCUAGUGAUGUAAGAAAAAGUGUAUUUUGCCGUUCAUGCCAACAAACACAAUUUCUUUUUAAACCGGUUUCUCUCGUUAUCUGCAGAAUGGUGAAACAGCUGUACACGUCGCGGCGAGAUAUGGGAACUUGAAAACGUUAAGACUUUUGAUCAACGAAAAGGCAGACACUGCAAGAAGAUCCAAGGUAAUCGUUAAAACAAUUCCCCUUAAUUUGUAACUUUUUGGUUGCUGUUUUUGGUUUAUAGAACAGGACUUUUUUUCGCGCUUUCGUACUGCUGCACAACAGCGUUGUUGGAUGCGCUUGGGCGGGUUCCUUCGUCUUGCUUGUCUGGCGCUCGUCCCCCAGAACCCGUCUGAGCGCCCCCAGAAACGCCUGUUGUGCAGGCUAACUUCUUCGUUCCAAGAACAAUAGUCUGUUUUCCGAUUCCGUUUUAGAAUGGUGAAACUUGCACAAAAUUGAUUAAGCGAAAACAAGUGAUACACGUAUUAGUAUUUAAGUGUUUGGAUUGCUAUAAAUGCAAUACAAAUGCUGUUGUUCCCGUUAGGGGUUAUCUUUGAACUUCCAACGAAAAACUUUAAACAUAACACACACACACACCUCAAGGCGUAAAAGUUUUUGUCAUAUUUUGUUUUGUUUGUAGAACGGCGAAUCUGCGCUACAUCACGCUAUCCGUGCCGGGCACUACACAGUACUGAAGGAACUGGUGCAAGUUCUGUUCACAGUCAAGUCUAAGCCUGUCGCCAAACUGGUUGUUAAUAUGCCAACUGAUGUGAGUCAGAAAUGUAUUUAUUUAUUUAUUUAUUUAUUUAUUUAUUCAUAUGAUUAAUAAUGAUUAUGUAUAAAAAAGCUUACAAGCAACGGGCUAUUCCUCUCCAGUGAGUAAACAAAAUAAAACAAGAUGAAGGAUUGGGUAAACAAUUUCAAACAAAUCACGGUAUCUUAUCAACCUAAUCCUUGACGUGAUACCUUUACCCACGGCAAUGGCGAAAAAGGUCUAAUUCUUACAAUUCUUUAACCUUGGGUAAAUAGUAGACUGUGAGCAGUCUCCUUUGUCUUCAGAUUUAGCAAGGGGAAAGCACGCGCGCGCGAGCGUUGAAGCUGCGAGACCGUGGUCAUUUUUGUGUCUCGCGCGUUUUGCUCGACGUACAAAGAAAAAAGAGAGCCUGCUUGUACUUCUAAAAUAGUAAUACUAUAAUUUUAUUUGUCUGGCUGACAAAUAAUGGGUAAUUGCAGAAAGGAGAAACUCCCCUACAUUACGCAGCCCAGCUUUCCAAGGCCAAGGUCAAAGGAACUGAGGAUAUCGACAUCGUAAAGCUACUGCUUGAACACGGUGCCGACUGUACAGCGGUAACGCAUCAGGUGCGUGUAACGAUAUUUAUGUCAUGUAGUGUUAAUCAAGUUUACUCUUUCACUUGUACAGCAAAACCUUUAAUAAAUCAAUUUGCUUUGAUAUUCAACGUUAAGAUAACAAUUAAAUUAAUGUUUACAAUUAUUUUUUAAAUCACCACACAUGGCUCAAAUCACUUUCAUUAUUUUCUAUUAUAGUCCAUGGAAAUACCAAUCCACGAGUGCGCACGCUCAGGAAAUAACGACAUCUUGAUUGCUUUACUAGAGUCCAUUCCUUCCUCUAAGCUUCAACUCACGGUCAACAAAAGAUCUUCGGUAAGCUACUCUCCAAUCACGAAUGCAACUUAAAAUUCCUUGUUGUCGAGUUUGUCUGGCUCCAAUGUUUUUUCACUGUUGUGCCUGUUUCAUACUUUUUCUGGCUUAAUCGUCAACCCUUCAAUGUAUCCACUUUAGUAGUCAAUCGACUCUCUUACACAGCCUUGAGGAAAACCAGCGGAGUUAUAUGAUCUUCAUAUCGUUGGAAUUUAAAAUUCCUCCUUGAGUUUGAGGUUAUAGUAUAAAUGACAGAGAAAAAGCUACCCUGGCAAAAGAGACAGCGUAGAAAGAAAUGGCGGUUCAAAGGGAUGGCAACGAAUUCAACUCACUCUUAACAUGAACGGCUUCUCCCAAACCAGUACUUUAUUACUGAACUUCACACUCUCCAAGUUCGUGUCUAGCAUCGUAAUGCUGGACUUCAUUUUAAAUGAAUUAAUUAGUAGAACCCCGAUAAUUCAAACUCGGGUAACUCGAACUCCCCGCUAACUCGAACUAAAUCUAACUCCCUUGGAUCUCACCCAGCUUUUCAGUCUGAUUUUUACUUGGUUAAUACGAACUCGGAUAAUUCUAAUUCCCUGCUAACUCGAACUAAAUUUCCUUUCCCUUGAUCAAGGAUUCACCGAAAAUUACCCUGAUAACUCAAAUUCUGGUUCUUGCAACUCUGCUCUGAUGAUAAUCGUGUUAAAGCGUUUCUGAUGAAAUAAGUUUAACUUGCUCUGCAGUAGCACGAUACACUGAAGUGCUGAAAAAUCAAUAACGAUCUAUUUUUAACACUGAAAAUUGAAUUUUACGAUCGAUCCCGUUAACUCGAACCCUCGCUAACUUGAACUGUUUUUCAUUUCCCUUCAGAGUUCGAGUUACCGCGUUUCUACUGUAUCUGCUUUAGAACUUAAAAGGUUUAGUCUGGUUUCAAUUGGUUGCGUUGCACAUUUCAGUAUUUUGUGUUUCGUUUAUUACAGGGAGGUUCAUCGCCGCUGAUUGUUGCCUCACAUAAAGGGAACGUGGAAGUUGUGCGCACUUUGCUCAAGUAUCACGCCAGAGUAGAUGUGUUCGAUGAGGUAAGCUCUACGUUAUAGAAUCUUGAAAACGUACUGUACAAAGUAAAAUUGCUGUGAAAUAACUUUCAGCUGUAUAACUUCACUUGCAAAACUUGCGAGAUACUCUGAAAACAGCCUUCCGCACGAACGAAAAAGCCAUCAGUUAUUCAUCCCAUUAUUUAACUAGGAAGUUUGAGAGACGUAAAGGAGUAAGAAUGGGAAUGUUUUUUAAUAGUUGACUGUAUUUGAGGGUAAAUUUAAAGACACACCUUACCGCAGGCUAUGUUUAUACUAUAAUACCGGAUAGCUUUUUUCCCCGGCUUGAAAACCAUACCGGGUAUAGGGCUACUGUUAACACAUCAGAACAUGUACAGUGCUUUCGGGGUGAUUUUUGUAACGAAGCGAAGCUGCGCCGCGCCGACAGUAAGCUUGAAAGUGGAUCGUUACAUAUCGGAUAGAUUUCUGCCACUCUUCCUCUCAGUGUGAACAGGGUGUGAACGUGUAUUUGGACCGUAGUGGAAGUGAAUGAAGAGGAGCAAGGACUGGAACCCACUGAGACGAAAAUGAAGACGCUGUCUUGGGAGUCGGGAGUGAGGAUUGCAAUUUAGGGCACCAAACCCUCUCGGCCAACCUCUCCGGUGCAAUGUUCGAUACGUGUGAACGACUCGUUCCAGUUCUGUGCCGUCGUCGUUCAUACUGUACUGGAUAGCGUUCGUUUAGGCACAAAAAGCUGUGCACUUUGCUGUUGAAUGAGUGAAGUAAUAUACUUUUGAAUUCUGAGUUUUAGUGUGUUUGCGAAACACAACUUGAGAAAAGUUGAACUCAAUUUCUGCCUUCUUUUUAUUUGAUUCCUUAGUCCGGCCGAGCUGGCCUACAUGUGUGCGCCGAACGUGGUCAUCUUGAAGUCGCUCAGGAGCUGCUUGAACAUAAGGCUUACGUGAACGCGAAAAGCAAGGUAAACGUGUAGUGCAUAUCAGUCACAAUUUACUGCUGUUAGUGGAACAUUGCUCACACAACCUUCGCUUCUUAAUCUUCAGCUAGAAACGGACAUCACCUACGUGUGGUUGCACAACCCUCUUUCAGUCCCUCCUCGGGGCAAACAUCUUGCACUAAGCAAUGUGCUUACCCACCUACUGGGUGCCUUUCUAUUAUCGUUGCCAUAGAGUUAGUUUUUGCGCUUUCUUUUCGUUCUAGAUACUCUUGCUCCAAGCAAAGGUGUACAUCAAUGGACCUUAAAACGUUAACUGCUGGUCAUCUUACCAAACUUACGGGAGCAGCAUCACUUGUUCCUGUAAAAUUCCGAAAAUUAGCCCCGCAAUGUAUAAGCCCCUCCAAAUAUAAGCCCCCCAGACUCGUAACGCAAAAAAACCUCCGUUAAAUCGCGCCUCCAAAUAUAAGCUCCCCCGGAGCAAAAACGGUAAAUUUCUUUCAACUAUAAGCUAGCCCAAUCGAUUUUGAAACGCAAAUUUCCCUCCGUAGCUAAGCCCCUCCGAAUAUAAGCCCCUUCAAAAAAAAAAGCCCGUCAAAAAGGGCCUUUGAAAAAUAUAAGCUCCUGGGCUUAUUUUCGAAAUUUUACGGUAGUUUUGUUUGUUGUUCUUCCUUGAAUUGGAAUUUGCAAGUGUUUUAUCAACUGAACACAGAGUUGUUAUACGUACAAUUAUGGCAGCUGUAAUAAGGCUGAAUAAUUGAACUCUAAAUAACGACACGUGUUUAGCGUUCCUUAAAGGUUAUAGACUCAUCAUUUAUGUCAGAUUCUGGCCAGUAGAUCUUUAAAAUCCUUUUGAGAUACAAAUGUUGGAAGGUGUGUAGUUUGUUUUCAUCGGCCCUAAUAACGCGCCAGGUCUCAGAGCCACAUAGCAGAACAGCAAUCACGUUAAAUUUGAAAAUUCACUCCGUGGUAAGACUAGUGAUUGAAAAGCUAACGUUUCGAGCACUAGUCCUUCGUCAGAGCGAUUCUUUCUGAUAAAGAAUCUCUUUGUUUUGGUAAAUUUACUUUAUCAACUUACAUGAAAAAAAAAAACACACACACACACUAAUAUUUCGUUUCUCCGCAACCGACACAAGCACUUUGGUCUGUUCUGAAUCUAACCUCUUUUUUUGUUUUCAGGUUGGGCUCACACCUCUUCAUCUGGCGGCAGAAAGUGGACAUAAAGAACUAGUUGGUCUCCUUGUUACGAAUUACAAAGCAAGUGUAGAUGCUUUGACUCUGGUGAGAUCUUGUUAUUCUCUGAUCACAAUUCCUUCUAUAUUUCACCCAUUCUGAUAUAACCUUUGCUUUUAAAAUAUACCAGAUCUUUCCGUGCUGUUUCAUGUUAUAGCACUGACGAUGUUGGGUGAAAAGUGUUUUUUGUGGAUAGAUUUGCAGGCGAAAUUAAUUGAACGAAUGUAAACAAAAUUUUAACAGGAAAAGAAGACAGCCCUGCAUUUGGCUGCAGAAAAAGGUCGAUUACAGGUUUGUGAACAUCUGUUGGAGCUACGAGCCGACAUCUGCGCGCUGGACAAU